GCUCUUAUCAAAUCUAUUUGAGACAUACAAAGCAAAAAAAUAGUACAAUUUUACGAAAAAUGGAUUAUUUGGAUCUAGACUCUUUUCGAUCCAGAUAUAGCGAUAUAACGGUCACAGCUGUGCCCGCCAAGCCAAAAAUUGUUGAAGAACAAGAAACUCUACCAGAUCGCUGGGAUGCAGUUGACGGGGGCGGAGCGGAAGUGAUGCCGGCUGACCGCGUGGAAAUCUUUCCAAUAAACAAGCCAGGCGCGCCAAGCAAUCCGAUGGUGAUGCAACACCAGCAACAGCAGCAGCAUCAUCAGCAUCUGGAGGAGCAGCAGCUAAAGUUAAGCCAGGAGGCUGCGGUCUAUUCAAAUGAGUAUAAACAGGUAUUGGCCAAGCUGGAGUACACGAAGUAUGUGCAGGCGCAGCUGCAGCUGAUAUCCAACAAUGGAUUUGGCGAGCUGUUCUAUGGCCAACCUGGCAACCAGAUCCAAGUGCCCAGCAAAGAGAGAAGCAACACUGCGAACAGCGGCAACAUAGUGGACACCUAUGACAAUCUGUUGAGUGUCAUUGCGGAAAUGCAGAGCAAUCUGGGUCCGGCGGCAAUUGGUUUGCGUGCUCCAAAGGAGCGCUUGUUGCGUGACAUCGCACAUGCACGCGUCCUGGUCAGGGAAUGCAAUCUAAUGCUAAUGCGCGACCAUCACCAUCAGCAGUCACACCGACUACCGAGCGACGACUGACGUCACAAUUGGACGUGUUAAUUGCCUGAUUUUGUUUUCACAGUGUGUGACAUAAUAAAAGAGCAAAGCAGCAA